AAGUCUCUUUGCUACUAAAGCAUGAAAAGGUAAGAUGACGAAGUGGGUCUCUUCCCAAAAAAGCUUGGCUUCUCUUCUUAUAUAUGAACCUUGGUACAUGAGAGAUCGGAUGAUCUGGGUAGGUUUUGAACAUAUGAAAUCUGUAGAGGUCAGGGGUCUGGGUUUUUGAAAAGAUGGUGUUUUUUCUCUUUUUGUGAGGGUGGGUAGCCAAUUUUGAGGACUGAAACAACCAAGCAAGUGAGCAUAUUUAAAUAGUAAGUUCAAAUACUUCAUGAAUGAUUGAACUAAUCAUUGAUUCACUGUUAGUACCAUCCUGUUUUAAGUAUUGUGCAAUUGGGGCAUACUUGUUGUAUGAACUCUAGCAGAUGAUCUUGUUUCAUGGUGGGGUUGAGAUGGGGCUUAAGAACUACUUGUUUUGGGGCCGGGAAUGGUCCAUACUUGCUUUCCGAGUUUGUUUUAUUGUUUUGAUUAUAUCACUGUAUUAGUUUAGGAUUUCGGAUUCUGCGAAAAAGUGGGAUGGUACUGAGAGUUGUGUAGAGAUUUCAACUGGGUUCUUGGUGGUGUUUAGCAUAGAAAAAGAAUUCUAGGGAACUGCUUGUCUGCAGAGCACUGUUGCAUUUACCCUCUCUUUGGUGCAGGUAGCUUUUCAGUUUUCAGGAGAUACCAUGAAUAUCUGUGGCUACAAGAGAAAAUUUGAGGCUAUAGUCUCCCCAGCAGACACUACAAGCCAGCUUUCUCCAUGCACUCCUGCACAGUGGCUCCAAACUGUCAUUUGUUCACUUCCUGCAAAACCAUCUGCAGAAUUGGAGAGGUUCAUGUCAUCAUGUGAUGGGAAUGUAACUGAUAAGGUGAUAUGCAGGGCCAGCAUAAUAUUGGCGGCCAUAUUUCCCAGGGGUUGUAAUGGAAACCGAUGUAUGAGUUCUGGUUUGCAUAAUAGCAGCUUGAUGAAUAGUGGGUGGAUAGAGCAGAGACAAGAGGAAGCUCUGAAAUUAUACUAUAAGGUUUUGGAAUCCAUUUGUGAAUCUGAAGCUCAAAAGCUGCAGGGAAGGAACUUGACCCAGCUGUUAACUAAUGAGAGGUUCCACAGAUGCAUGCUAGCAUGUUCAGCUGAACUGGUUUCAGCAGCUCAUAUGGGAGUUAGGAUGCUGUUUCCUAGAGUAUUGGAGAGAAUUGGUAUAACUGCAUUUGAUCUGAGCAGAGUGACUGAAAGUUUCAUUAAACAUGAAGGGUCACUUCCAAGAGAAUUGAAGAGGUACCUGAAUUCUAUGGAAGAGCAAAUGUUGGAGAGCAUGGUAUGGGGAAAAGGUUCCUCCUUAUACAAUUCUCUGAUUGUUGCAAGACCAUCCCUUGCUGAAGAAAUACGUCGGCUCGGCCUACUCGCAAAGCCUAUGCCAUCACUGGAUGCAAUUGCUGCAGAUAAUCUUCUUUCAUAUGGAGGCUUGCCUCACCCACCUGGCCAGAAUGGAAAUGCUAGGUCUUCAGAGAAAGUAUCCAGUGAACUACACAACUCCUCUGCAUUACCAAUGAAGGAACAUUCACCUGCUCUUAAUGAUCAAAAGCCAAGGAAGCCACCACCAUCACCCCCUCUGCUGUCUGCAUUUGCCAGUCCAACACAGCCAAAUCCAGGAGGCAGGGGCUCUACUUGCUUGGACACAGGGAUUAAGCUGCUCUUUGAGAAGGUGGCAAAGUUAGCAGCAGUACGAAUCAAUCAUCUGACUCUGAGGCUAAAACCGUUGCAGCCGAUCAGAGAGAUUGUCUAUGGCUUAUUUCAUCGGAUCCUAAAUCAAAAAACUGCCCUUUGUUUCAACCGGCAUGUUGACCAGAUCAUCCUCUGCUGUUUCUACAUCAUUGUAAAGGACUCUAAACUAGAACUGACCUUUAAGGAGAUCAAAGACAGCUAUGUGAAGCAACCACAACAUGGACCUCAAGUGGUCAGCCAUGUGUUUGUUAACAGGUCACCAGCACAUGGGAAUGGGAAAAACAGGGAGGAUCACAUUGAUAUUGUCGCAUUUUACAAUGAAAUCUUCCUCUGGGCUGUAAAGCCUUUACUGGUUGAGGUUAGACCUGCCAAAGUGUCUGACCAAGCUCCUGAUGAGGCUGCAAAUAAUGCUGAUGAUGAGUGUCCCGGUUCACCUCGGAUUUCUCCGUUUCCAAGCAUUCCUGAUUUAUCUCCGAAGAAAGUCUCUCCCUCGCACAAUGUCUACCUAUCCUCACUGCAACCAUCAAAGAAGGAAGCAUUGAUCUCAAGGGGUGCUAAAAGCUAUUAUGCCUGUUUUGGGGAGAGCACUCGUGCUUACCAGAGCCCCUCCAAAGAUCUCACUACAAUUAACAACUGUUUGCGCAGCAGGCCAAAACUGAGACGCCGUCUGGAUGUAGAGUUUGUUAGUCACUCUGAAGUGGCCAGGGCCCUCUUCCAUCAUCAAUCAGCAUGACAAAUGGACUUUCUCUUCAGGACUGGGUCAUAUCAUUGCUUUGAAUUUACCCUCAAAAUCUGAGAAAGCCAAUUUUUUAUGCUUCUUCGGGCCAUGUAAUCAUUUUUAUCAUAGGUUAAGUGUAUCGAAUGAUCUAUAAGUAAAAAUAAAACUACGAUUAAUUUAUCUGA